CCUAUGAAGUGAUUACAUUGUGACUGCUGUUUCUAGAGUGUAGUGUGCCCAUAGUUCAGGAGGGCUCUCUUCUUCAAGCUCACUUAGAUGCAGUUACACACCCGGAGAGCACACGCUGGAUAGUGGCCCAGCCCUUAUGCAUGGUCACCCUGAAGACGCACCAUACACGGGCUACAUGCUUUCAGCUGGAGCAGAGGACCCGAGGACCGCUUACGUCUUAUCCACACUCGAGAACAGAUGGAUCUGACAACCGUGCGCAUCACAUAUUGACUUUUCCUCCAUCCCAUGAAGACGGGUCACUUAUUCUUUGUUAUUCCGCUUAGGGAUCUCAGUUGCAAUGGAUAUCUACGCCUCCACUUUAUCACCAGCUGUGGAUAUCGGCGCAGGUUGUUACCUGCUGGUUGUAGCUGUGCUCUCCAUUAUCGGAAACCUCCUGGUCCUAAUCAUGGCUUUCAAAAAGUCAUCAAGGAUGAAACCACCAGAGCUGCUGAGUGUGAACCUGGCAGUGACAGACCUGGGAGCAGCUGUCACCAUGUACCCCCUGGCAGUGGCCUCAGCCUGGAGCCACCACUGGCUCGGGGGUGAUGUCACCUGUCUUUAUUACGGACUGGCAGGAUUCUUCUUCGGUGUCGCCAGCAUCAUGAACCUGACUAUUCUGGCCGUAGUGCGCUUCGUAGUUUCCCUCAAUCUGCAAUCUCCCAGUGAGAAAAUCAGCUGGAAAAAGGUGAAGAUGCUGUGCAUCUGUAUCUGGCUGUACGCUCUGGUUUGGGCUCUGUUCCCUGUACUGGGCUGGGGCCGGUAUGGCCCGGAGCCCUUUGGCCUGUCCUGCUCACUUGCCUGGGGAGAGAUGAAACAUGAGGGCUUCUCUUUCGUCAUCUCCAUGUUCUCCUUAAACCUCGUCAUGCCUUCUGUCAUCAUCAUCUGCUGCUACUUCGGCAUCACCAUCAAGCUCUAUUUCACCUACAAAAACUCAAUGAACAACAGCUCCCGAAUCCCCAAUAUUAUCAAGCUGCAUCGGAGGCUGUUAGUGAUCGCUGUCCUGAUCAGUGUCGGUUUCAUUGGCUGCUGGGCGCCCUAUGGCCUGAUGAGCCUGUGGUCUAUUUUCCAUGACAGUGAAACCAUCCCUCCUGAAGUCAGUCUCCUGCCAUGCAUGUUUGCGAAGAGCUCCACUGUAUACAAUCCUUUGAUAUACUACAUCUUCAGCCAGAGCUUCAAAAGGGAGGUAAAGCAGCUGCAGGGGAUGUGUUCAGGGUUUAACGCAUGCCGUGUUUCCAACAGCAUCAAUGACAACAGCAUUUACAUGGUUACUGCUGACAUCAAGCCCACAAUAGCAGCACGGUCUACUUUGCAGGAGAUCAUGGAGUCAAAGACAGUGACUUUGGGUUGAAAGACGUUGCUCUUAAACAAAGACUUUUGUGCCGUAAACUGUGGAAAGAUUAGUGGUCUCAUAAUGUGUUGUAUCACAAAUAUUAUCAGGGUAGAAAAGACCUAUUCUUUCCAGUACAGCUGCUGUCUGCUGUCCUUACAAAACAAGCAGGGUCUUUCUGGUCUCUUUUGUGUGAUGUCAGGAUGAAUGAGAGGGCGUGUUAGCGCAAUAUGUUAAAUGCUGUGAAAGUUCAGCCAACUAAGCCAUAGAUUAGAGUUAAAUCUGUGCUUACAGAUGGCUAAACCCCCUUAAAUACUGUAGCCCACACACUGUUAAGUAAAGCACGUUAUUGAAAAAUUUACUACAGUGAGCAGCUUUUAGUUUUGUCAAGGUUAUGCAAUUAUACAGAAAGAUGUAAAAGAGGCAAAGUUGCACCCACACAGAAUUAAAGAAAAUCAUCAUCAUGCUUUUAACACAAUACAAGCCAAAGCUUGCACAGCAUAAUAUGACAAAAAAAAUAAACAUUUUGAGCACAGAAAAAAAUUAUGUUUACUGUAAUUUUUCAAAAAGUUCAAUCUGUGAGAUACACUUGCUUGUAUGAAUUAUUACUUUUAUUGUGACACAAAAUCUGAAGAAAAAAAAUAUAUAUUUUCACUGACAAUUUCAGUUCAGGAACAAAUAUCCAAUUACUGUAUGUGUUAAAUGUUUUUAUGAAGUAGCAGCUGAGAGUAGAUCAUGUUUCAUAAAUCAGCCUCUAAAAAUAUGUUUACAACAGUAACAAAUAUUGUCUAUGUACGGCUAAUGGGUUCUUUUAAAAGGACAAUAUCACAGAGGCUACAGUAGAUAAAUCUAAUUGUGUGUCGUAAGAUUAUGAGAAAUAUUUGCACCCUUUUGUAUGUUGGCUUCAACUGGAAUGUGACUUGUUAUAUUUAAGACUGUCAUUGUUAUUUGUCUUUAUUACCAAAGGAUUGUGGUGUAGGUACAGCUUGGCCAUUAGACUAAAGUUCAUUGUAAUGAAGACAGUCACCCAAAUGUGAAAGGUGUGUUUUAAAAAGAAAAAAAAAAUAGUUUGACAUUUUGGGAAAUUGGAAAACUUAUUUAUUUUCUUGCCAAGAUAUAGCUGAGAAGAUUUAUAUCACUCUUUAGCAUAAGGACUGUGAACGGGGGGGGGAGAAGCGAGCCCGGCUCUGUCCAAAGAUAACAAAAUCCACCACAACACUUGUUGGUGUUCCGUACAAAUCCACCAAAUGAGAUAUAACAUGUUAAUGCUAGUUGCUAGUUAACAACAAUGGAGUUCUAAGACAAUGAAAUAAGCGAUAUCAGACUUUGACCACAAAGUCUGUACUUGUAUUGCUGUUUUUGGCCCUUCAUGGGAUUUGUUAAUGAAAAAAAGAUAAAAAAUAAUCUUUAUCCUUUUAAAUCUUUUAUUUUCAACUUUGUAAACACUGAACAAUGAAAGUCCAGGCUCUGUGCGUGGCAGAUUUUUAGAUAACCAGGAUAUUAAUAAAAGAAUGGUUCAAAUUACACUGGAAAUCCCCCAUGACUGUCUGCCGACUGUCGCCUCAGCCGCAGUACAACAGCAUAUUAUUUUUUAUAAUUGAGCUUAAAAAAGGAUUUCUCUGAUUAUAAUCAGUUCAUGUUACUACACACACUUCUGCUUAACAGAUCUUUUGUUGCCCUGCUUUACCCAGAGAUUAUUUUAUUAUUUUCCUUGAUAUAUUGUCACCUACAAUUCCUUACCCCUUUCUCUGAGGGGAAAAUACUGUUCAGGUUUUCAGUUUUGCAGCACUGCUUUUUUUUUGUUGCAACUUGUAAUUACUUGUAA